UUUUAGUUUUGGCUUUUUAUUUCGCCCCCAUUUCCGCCGCCCCCUUUUGCUCCCCCUCCCCGCGCCUCGCGACCUCCGCUCCGUCCGUCCUCGCCCCAUCGCCGCGCCGCGGGUCUGGGGAUUUUUUUUCCGGUGGAGCGGGGAUUUUCGGAGGAACAUUUCGGGAUUUUGCGGUUAAUUUUUGGUCGGGGAAAUUUGUUUUUUUGAGGGGGGUUAAGGGGAGGGAGGAGAUGGGGAUAGCGCGCGUGAGCUCCAAUGGCGGGUGCUCGUGGCGGGAAGCUUAGUAGGGCUAAGAGGAGGCGGACGCGUGCGGGGUGCGGCGUGCAUGGAGGCCAAGUCGGGGGAAGCGAGUGCUGGGCCUGCGCCUAUGGCGGCAGCGGCAGCGGCAGCGGCGGCACCAGUAGUAACGGCGGCACCGGAGGCGACGGUGAGCUUCCAGCCGCCGGCGCCGUCAGCGGCGGUGGAGAAGGGUAGCUCGAGCGGCGUGCUGGUGUCGCCUCCUGCUACGGGGCCGCCGGGGGCGGCGGGAGCGGGCGGCGCGCUGGCGCUGGGCCCGGUGGCGAUGAAGGUGCCGAAGAAGCGCGGGAGGCCGCGCAAGUACGGGCCGGACGGGAGCCUGAUCCGGCCGCUCAACGCCACGCCGAUCUCGGCGUCGGCGCCCAUGGUGGCGGCCGUGGCGGCGGGGCAGUACACGCCCGCCUCGGCGGUCGGCGCCGCCAUGAAGCGCGGGAGGGGGCGGCCCCUCGACUUCGCCGCCGCAGCGGGCAAGCAGCACCAGCUCCACCACCACCAGUCGCCGUUCGACUUCCACUUCGACUCGAUCGGUGACAUGGUAGCUUGCUCUGCUGGUGCAAAUUUCACCCCACAUAUAAUUACUGUCGCCCCUGGUGAGGAUGUGACAAUGAAGGUUAUAUCGUUUUCGCAACAAGGACCACAGGCUAUCUGUAUUCUCUCCGCAAAUGGCGUGAUAUCAAAUGUUACUCUCCGUCAGCCUGAUUCGUCUGGUGGCACAUUGACCUAUGAGGGACGCUUCGAGUUGCUGUCCUUGUCUGGCUCCUUUAUGCCAACUGAAAAUAGCGGAACACGAAGUCGAUCUGGUGGGAUGAGCGUGUCUCUUGCCAGCCCAGAUGGUCGUGUCGUGGGCGGUGGAGUUGCCGGCCUCCUGGUGGCAGCAAGUCCUGUCCAGAUUGUCGUGGGAAGCUUCCUGCCAAGCUAUCAGAUGGAGCAAAAGAACAAGAAGCCGCGGGUGGACCCGGCACCCUCCCUCCCCCAGACACCUCCUGCCAUUCCAAUCUCAAGCGUGGACACCCACAGCAGCGAGCAAGGGCAGCACAGCUCCGCGGCCCACCAGAGAACGGCGAGCGUCGUGACCCCAGCGUACAGUGCAGACCACCAGAGCUGGGCAUCCCCUGCCCAGCCAACACCCGAGGCGUCCCGGACGCCGUCGGGCGACCAGAAGACGACUGCCUCUGGAUCCUGAACCUGAAACCCAGCAUGGAGCUACACUGACAGGGGGAGCGGAGUACUGAAGCGGCAUCUGCCGCUGCCGCUGCUGCUGCAGAAGAUGGAUGCUGCUGCAGAAGAUGGAUGGAUGGGUUCAUUCGUUCCUGACUUGUAAAAGUUGCGUCUGCGGAUCUCGCACUAAGUUUUAAUUGGGUUACAUAUAUCAGGCAGGAGAGUCUAACUGCAUUUGCUGUAGCUGUGCGACGUUAGUUGUUCUACCCUACCUUACGGUUUUGUAACACUGUUGUCCGAGAUAGAGUGUGUAGUUACAGUUUGCGUGCUAGCGGCGUGCCUUAGGCGUCCUUAUUAGUAAUUCUUGUGUUGGAUUAUUACAUGUUGGAUCCCUUAAAUUAGCAUUUGAAAUUCUCUACCUCACUGU